AUGGCAGCACGCGCAUCAAGUAACAACCGGGAGGUGCGGGAGACCGGCACUGAGGAACAGCCCGGAGCGAUAUGGAGUAGGGAUUCCGAUACCUAUCUCCAGCUUCUGGCGUCACCCCUGGUGUCGCGAUACCCAUCCCCGGUUCAGGAGGAUCCGGAAGAGGUGCCCGACAUGGAUCUGUCGGAGGAGGAGACGGUGGCCGAGGGGCCAAUCGCGUACGUGCCCCUCUCGUCGGAGAGUGAGGAUGAUGACGGGGGUGAGACGGUCACCACGGAGGUGUCCGCAGACGAGGACGAAGGAGGCCGGAUCGCGAGGGCCAGAAUGGCGUACCGCAACGUGCGUGCACCGUUGCCACCGACACCACCGCCGCCGUCGCAGCCACCGUUGCCACCGACAUCAACGCCGCCACCACCGACGCCGCAGCAACAGGAGCAUCCGCAGCCACCGACGCCGGUGCCACAACAACAGGAGCAGCCGAAGCCACCGCCGUUGUCGCAGCCUCAGACGCCGGUGCCGCAGUCGCCGUUGCCGCCGACGCCGCCGGCGCAGCCGCAUCCACCACCAGUACCACGCACACCGACACCGCCGCCAGCAAAACCGACGCCUCCGCCACCACGCACACCGACACCGCCACCCCAGGAUGAGGAGGGGCCCCGGUGCGAGCUGCAGCAGUCCUGGGACGUGGACCAGGCGCACGUCGCGCAGACGCUGCGCACGAUCGGCAUGGGCGGCCGCCGGUGGCACCAGCAGACUGUGACGUGGACGUGGCCCGCACCAGCGGAGGACACGCCGGAGAGCCGCGUGUUGGAGCAGGUGGGCGAGGUCGGUUGGAUGCCGGUCGAACACCGAGCGCGCGACCCGCGAACGCGAGUCAGGACAGAGGACGAAAGCCCGGCGGAGAACCCGGAGAAGGGUCCGUGGGUGUGGCCCGCGCCGCCACCACCAAAACUUGCGCGGCAGAAAUCGGGCCCCGAGGCUCGCCAGCCGCCGCAGCGAUCCUGCCUCCGCAGGCAGGCGUCACAGAAUGAGAAGCCGUAG